AUAAACAACCUUCUCCCGCGCAUUUUAACCGUCGGGUCACUAUGUCUUGGGGAUUAGGAUGGAAACGACCGUCGGAGAUCUUCCGUUUAUCGCUAUAUUACGGGUACGAAGAAUCCCGGGAAGAUCUUGACCGUACAUCAUCGCAAUUGAUAGGUUCAUGUUCUUCCUCGUCGGCAUCGUUAACUCCUCCACAAGAUCAGCAAGAACCGGGGUUUAAGAUUGAUCUGGAUUGGGUAUCGGGAGAUGACGUGGACCAGGUAGCGCUCCGGCUUCAAUCUCAGUUAAUGUUGGCACUCCCUUCGUCACAGGAUACGGUGGCGAUUGAAUUGAAAGAGACGGAAGAGAAUGUGGUGCGGGUGGAGAUGUAUGUUGAGAAGAGGAGGGAACCGUUACGGGCGGUUACGGUGGUUAAGGCAACCGGGUCGAGUCAGCAGAGUGAUGGAGUCGGAGUUUUGCUUCGGUUGUUACGGUCGAAUUUGGUUCCUUCUGUUGACGCGGAUCCGGUUGCGAAUGAUGAUCAUUGGAAAGGCAUCACUUCGCUUAGCCUUUGCGGUUGCGGUUUAACGACACUGCCUGUUGAGUUAACUCAGUUGCCAAUUCUUGAGAAAUUAUACCUUGAUUACAACAAGCUAUCACAGUUACCACCUGAGCUUGGUGAUGUAAAAAACUUAAAAGUACUUAGGGCUGAUUGCAACAUGCUUCUUUCAGUGCCUGUGGAACUGAAACAGUGUAUUGGGUUGGUGGAAUUAUCAUUAGAGCAUAAUAAAAUUGUUCGGCUUCUUCUCGACUUCAGGGCUACGAUUGAGUUAGAAAUUCUUAGAUUGUUUGGUAAUCCACUUGAAUUCCUUCCUGAGAUCUUGCCUUUACGCAAGCUAAGUCAGUUGUCCCUUGCAAAUAUCAGGAUUGUGGCUGAUGAAAAUCUAAGAUCGGUGACCGUGCAAAUAGAGAUGGAGAACAGUUCUUAUUUUGGCACAUCUAAACACAAGCUGAGUGCCUUUUUCUCUCUCAUAUUCCGUUUUUCCUCUUGUCAUCACCCGUUGAUAGCGUCUGCACUGACGAAGAUAAUAAUGCAAGACCAAGGGAACUGUGUACUUAUUGGUAAAGAUGAGAAUGCACUGCGGCAGCUCAUUAGCAUGAUAAGUAGUGACAACCGCCAUGUGGUCAGUCAAGCCUGCUCUGCUCUAUCAACUCUUGCUGGAGAUGUUUCUGUGGCCAUGGAAUUGAUGAAAUGUGACAUCAUGAAACCCAUUGAAUUUGUUAUGAAGUCUAUUGCCCCAGAAGAACAGGUUUCUGUGCUACAAGUUGUGGGCACUUUGGCCUUUGGAUCUGAUAUUGUAGCUCAGAAGAUGCUAUCAAGGGAUGUUUUGAGAUCAUUAAAAAUACUGUGCGCCAAUAAAAAUCCAGAGGUGCAAAGGCUUGCUUUGCUAGCUGUUGGAAAUUUGGCCUUCUGUCUGGAGAAUCGCUUCAUUCUUGUCACCUCGGAAAGCUUGAGGGAACUUCUCAUGCGGCUGACUUUUACAUCUGAACCACGUGUGAAUAAAGCUGCAGCUCGUGCUUUGGCAAUUCUUGGAGAGAAUGAGAACCUUCGACGUGCUAUUAGAGGGAGACAGGUACCAAAACGAGGCCUGCGCAUACUCUCAAUGGAUGGAGGUGGCAUGAAAGGUCUUGCAACUGUGCAGAUGCUUAAAGAAAUUGAGAAGGGAACUGGAAAGCGAAUACAUGAGUUAUUUGACCUUGUAUGCGGAACAUCAACCGGUGGCAUGCUCGCUGUUGCCCUUGGCAUUAAGUUGAUGACCUUGGAUCAAUGUGAAGAAAUAUACAAAAAACUUGGAAAACUUGUUUUCACUGAACCUGUGCCAAAGGAUGAAGCUGCAACAUGGAGAGAAAAGUUUGAUCAGCUUUAUAAAAGUUCAUCACAGAGUAUCAGAGUUGCUGUACAUGGAUCUAAACACAGUGCAGAUCAGUUUGAAAGGUUGCUGAAGGAAAUGUGUGCUGAUGAGGAUGGUGACCUACUAAUCGAUUCUGCUGUAAAAAACAUUCCAAAAGUUUUUGUUGUGUCGACAUUGGUGAGCGUUAUGCCAGCUCAGCCUUUUUUAUUCCGCAAUUAUCAGUACUCUGUUGGAACACCAGAGGUGCCUCUUGCAAUACUCGAAGGUUCAGUAACCACUAUUCAAGGUGCUCAAUUUGGCUACAAGCGAAAUGCUUUUAUUGGAAGUUGUAAACACCAUGUAUGGAAAGCUAUAAGAGCAUCUUCUGCUGCCCCAUAUUAUCUUGAUGACUUCUCGGAUGAUGUAAACCGCUGGCAAGAUGGUGCUAUAGUGGCAAAUAAUCCAACUUUAUUUUCCAUACGAGAAGCACAACUUUUAUGGCCUGAUACAAAAAUUGACUGUUUAGUUUCAAUUGGCAGUGGUUCUGUGCCUACGAAGGCACGAAAAGGAGGUUGGCGUUACCUGGAUACUGGACAAGUGCUGAUUGAGAGUUCAUGCUCUGUGGAGCGAGCUGAGGAAGCAUUGAGUGCAAUGUUAACCAUGCUCCCUGAGAUCCAAUACUUUCGGUUUAAUCCAGUUGAUGAACGUUGUGACAUGGAGCUAGAUGAGACUGAUCCAACAGUUUGGCUCAAGUUGGAAGCUUCUGUAAAGGACUACAUCCAAAACAAUUCAGAUGCCUUCAAGAAUGCAUGUGAAAGACUUCUUGUACCCUUUGCACGUGAUGAGAAGUGGACAGAAAAAUUUAAAUCUCAACAUUUUGCUAGGGCUAAAGCAUCAAAUGCAGUACUAGAUGAGAAUACCCCUUCAUUAGGUUGGAGGCGAAAUGUACUACUUGUUGAAGCUUUGUCUAGUCCUGAUUCAGGAAGAAUAGUGCACCAUGCUCAGGCACUCGAGUCAUUUUGUGUACAAAAUGGAAUCAGAUUAACUCUUUUGCAUGACAUAUCUGGAGUUUCAAAGACAGUACCGACAACAACAUUUCCGACACCAUUUACCUCUCCUCUUCUCGCUGGAAGUUUCCCCUCAAACUCUCUUUCCUUCAUUCCUAUUGACCUGCAAAGGCUUGGCCAAAUUGACAAGAUCUCACCUUUUAGCUUAGAUGGAUUACUAUCUGGAAAGAAAACAACAUCUCAGCCAAAGUCUCCUACUGGACCCAGGGAACUAUCUUUACCUGUACAGUCAUUACAUGAAAAGUUACAGAAUCUACCACAAGUUGGCAUUAUACAUUUAGCCCUUCAAAAUGACUCAGUUGGCUCAAUAUUAAGUUGGCAAAACGAGGUGUUUGUUGUAGCUGAACCUGGAGAACUGGCUGAUAGGUUUCUACAAAGUGUCAAGGUUAGCAUGUUGUCAAUGAUGCGGAGCCGGAACCGUAAGGGUGCAUCACCUUUUGCACAAGUAACAACUAUUGCUGAUUUGAUUCGUUGUAGACCAUACUUCCAAGUUGGAAACAUUGGGCAUAGAUAUAUUGGACGCCAAACCCAAGUUACGGAAGAUGAUCAAGAAAUCGGGGCAUACAUGUUCCGCCGCACGGUCCCUUCUUUGCACAUAAAACCUGAUGAUGUUCGUUGGAUGGUUGGAGCUUGGAGGGACAGGAUCAUAAUCUUCACUGGAACUUAUGGCCCCUCUGCAAAUUUAAUUAAAGCCUUCCUAGACUCUGGUGCUAAAGCUGUUUUAUGCCCCACAGCUGAGCCUCAGGAUGUGUUGAUCAAUGACUUAGGAGAGUACAACGUUUUGGGAAAGGGAAGGUUCGAGAUUGGUGACGAAGAUCCAGAAGACGAAGACUCCGAAACCGAAACCGAAACCGAAACUGAAUCCGAACUAGAAACUAUCAGUCCGUCAAGCGACUGGGAUGAUCAUGACAUGGAGAAGAACACGGACCAUGGUACCAGCUUUUGGGAUAAAGAAGAAGAUGAACUAUCAAGGUUUGUCUGCAAAUUAUAUGACUCAAUAUUUCGUGAAGGUGCAACAGUGGAUGUUGCCCUAAAAAAUUCUCUUGCUUGCCAUAGGAAGCUGAGGUAUACAUGUCAUCUUCCCUAUCUUAAAUAGCUAGUAAAAUAUAUUAAGUGCAUGAAUAAGAGGCAGCAUUCAUUUUUGUAGCUUUAUAAGUAAAUAUUUGUUUCCAAUCAUUCAUUUUUUUAGCUUUAUAAGUAAAUAUAUGGGAAUUUAAAUUUUUAUAAUGUUGCAUGUAU